AUGACGCAGUUCAUGUGCAGUGCAUCAGGAGCGUGCAUCACCUUGUUCCAGGCCACAUUCAACCCUGAGGGAAACUCAACUCUGAAAUGUUUGAUUUUCCUUCCAUUGCCAGCAUUUCAAAUAUUCAUUUACUGCUGGGCUGGACAUGAAAUAGUUUAUCAGGAGGAGUUGCUGUCGGUGUCUGGCUAUGGCAGUGCGUGGGUGGGUGCGAGCAGGCGUAUCAGCGUGGUGCUCCAUAUCCUAAUGUGCAACGCACAGAAGCCACUACGACUCACCGCGGGGAAGUUCUACCCUGUCAACCGUGACACAUUUGUCACACUGAUAAAUGCCUCAUAUACAUUCUACACUCUGAUGCGCCAGACGAGGGACCAAGGAUCAACAGUGCAGACAUAAGAGGCCUUGCAUUACAGGAGAGCAGUACAAGUCACUGGGCCACCAAAAUAUUUUCACUACUGCUGUUAAAAUAACUUAUUUCCUAGAUGCAAUUUGCAAGAAACCACAUCAACAAUUUGUAGUCAGGAAGAUUAGUGGAAUGUCUCAACUCUCUGUUGAUUUUUUAACAAUAUGAUGAUAGAACUUGCCAUUUUGACUACCACACAGGACCAUGUUUGGAAAGGGAAAGCUUCUGGGUUAUCCAGAUGCAAGAGACAACUAAAAAUAAUUUAUCAAUGUGCUCCUCCAGUGAUCAUUCCUCUAGUAUACUUGAAGUUCCGUUUUUGCCUUCCAUUACUCUUCUGUUCCUGACUUUAUAGUGGUGUUAUGGGCCUAUGAUUAUGUUUGAAUCCCUUCAUGAGCAACAAUCUCGUUGUCUUCAAAGAAUCCACUCAAUUCAGUGAAUGACAUACACUCAAGGGCAUCCAGUUAUUUGCCCUGUAAUUACUGUUUCUGAAUAGGGAUACAUAGUUUUAAGGAAAUUUAACCUUUCCCAGGUGAAAUCUGUCAUUUCAAUGCCACAGUUGUAAGAAA